AUGUUGCCUAAUGCCUAUAUACUGGCUUUAUCAACAACCCAUCUGCAAAUUUUGAAAAAAUUAAUAAUAAUGAUAAUAAAUUGUCCCAUAAAAACCCCAAAUCCUGUUAUCAUCACCAAUUCAGAGCCAAAACCCAUCUUGAAAACUCUUAUCAUUUUGAGAUUCUUGUAAAAGUUGGUGACUUCAAAGAUGAAAAACUUCUUCAAACUUGCCAUUAUUUUCUUCUCCUUCAUUUAUUCAAUAAGCUUGAAUGAUGGACGUCCAACCCAUCAUUUUUGCAAGAAAGCAGCAAAGAGUGAUCCAAAUUUGAGCUAUAAUUUCUGUGUUAGAUCCCUUGAAGCCAAUCCCAAGACUCAAAAUGCAACCCUUGAAGAGUUGGUGAACAUAUCAAUUAAACUAACCAUAUCAAAUGCAACAAAUAUCAGCUCCUCCAUUUCACAGCUUCUGAACCAGAAAAAUUUAGACGCAUACACUAGAGGUGCCUUGCAAGAUUGCUUGGAGCUUUACUCAGAUGCAAAUUCUGAACUAAAUGAAGCCAUGUGUGACUUGAAGAAAAAAGAUUAUUUCAAAGCUAAUAUAGAUGUGAGUUCUGCCAUGGAUUCUUCUACUACUUGUGAGGAUGGUUUCAAGGAGAAGAAAGGUAUGGUUUCUCCCUUGACAAAGGAGAAUAAUGCGUUCUUCCAAUGGACUGCAAUUGUUCUUGCUUUUAUUAAUAUGUUAAGUUGAUUAUUUAUACAUAAUUAAAUUAGGAAGGAAAUUAAAAGGACAAUAACAUUGCAAUAUGUAUUUUCUUUAUUAGUGAUAUCUGAAUUAUAAAGGGUUCAAUUAAAUAUUCAACAAUCA